UCAAAAAUUAAACAUAACAGUGUUAAGCUACUCUAAUAAAACUACAUUGUUGGGACCGUUUAAUUAAUUUUAUUGGUCACUAGAUGUAUUAGAGUAGGUUAUAUAAUGUUUUGCAUGUACUAGUGUCACAUUUAUAAAAAAAACAACAACAUGGAAGUAAAGAUAAAUGCAUGAAGUUAUCAUUAUGUCUCGACUGCUUAUGAAGUUCUGGCGACCUAAAGCCUUGUGACUUGUUUUCUGUUGAGUCUUCGGUAUAUGACGACGGCCUUGAUCUUCCUAGUCAAAUGGGUUUUAUGAAACAUCCAGCACUUAACUAAUUUUUAUAUUCUAUAAAACAGAAUACAUUUAUUUUCCAAAAAGUUUUUAUUAUUUAUUUAUUUUCACUCACACGUGCCUUCAUUCAUCAGGUUUCGAAUUGUCGAAACGAAUGAAAUUAAAUUUCAAUUUAAUGAAGUUAAAAUAACAUUAACUUUUAAGCUAGACUGCUGUGAUAUAGUUUUCAUAAACAAAGCAUUACGAAGUUUAGUGUAGAGGUUUAAAUAAGAUUUGAAAUUUAUCAAAGUUGAGAUACCUGUGAUAUAUACAUGUGAUGAAAGUCAAUGAAAAGAUUGCGAUAUGGGGAACGAAGAUUAUUUUGGUUCCAUACAAGAUUUAUCAUGUAGAGAAAUAUCAUCAAUGGAUGAAGGAUCAAGAACUACAGGAGUUGACAGCAUCAGAACCUUUAACCUUAGAACAGGAAUAUGAAAUGCAGCAAUCAUGGCUUGAAGAUGAUGACAAAUGUACUUUCAUAGUUCUAGAUAAAGAGGAUAUGAAACAGAAAAGUGAACUAGAUUCAAUGAUAGGAGACGUUAACUUAUUCCUCAACAACCCUGAAAAUCUCAAGCAAGGGGAAGUUGAAGUAAUGAUUGCAGAGGAGUGUAAACGUGGCCAAGGUAAAGGGAAGGAAGCUUUACUGUUCAUGUUACGAUAUGGAAUUGAACAACUUCAAGUUACCUCGUUUAUUGCAAAAGUGAAAAUGAAAAAUCUAGCUAGCAAGAAUAUGUUUGAAAGGAUUGGUUUUAAAGAGAUUUCUCAAAGUGAUAUUUUUGAAGAACUCACUUUACAACUGGUUGUAACAGAAGAAUGGUUGUCCUGGUUGUUAUCUCAAACGAAGUGUUACCACAUUCAUGUAUAUUAACUGCUAUCUGAAUAAUAAAAUUAUUUCUUUGAA